GUCGUUGGAUUUCCUGACAAGCGCAGACCCCCUGAGCGAGCUAUUUCACCACUUGGCAGCCUUACUUGAGACUUCAGAUUUUUCCUCCCUGGUCUUGGUAGUCUGGAAGUAAUAGCUGCAGCUGCGACUGUCGUGCUCUGGGACAAUGAGGAAUUGGCAUGUUCGGGAUGUUUGUGGGUGCUUGUUGUUGCUGCUUGUGACGACUGAAGCAGUACGAAAAUGGGCCUUCGUUCAGGAACUAAGCAGUGAAGUUCUGUCAAACAAGAUAGUGACUACCCAAGACCCUGCCAUCCACCAGGUUGCUAGAAGGUUGCUAGAACCUCGAAUCCCAUCUCUGUGUCAAGGCCAGCAAGAGUGCGAGGAGGGAGUUGGGGUGACAUGUAUGUAUGGCAACGUGGUAGCUUGCAGCUGUGAAUACAUCGCUGUCUGCCAUCCGUUCAUCAAGAGCUGCAGUCGCUUUAACGCCACUCACACAGAGUCCUGCGGCUUCUAACAUUCGCUGAAUGGAGUGGUGCGCGCAGCUGUGACUCUCGUCCGCAGUAUUCUCCAAAUACAUGCACUUGGAUGUUUUGUACCAUCAAUAAACUUGUAUAUAAGGACAGUAGAUUUGCGCAAUGCUGCAAGAUAGUAGACAGAGAGUUUCCUGUUUUGAGCGUGGGCACACAUCUCGCAGCUUAGGUGCAACCGCUAUGGUGGAGACUUCAAUAUUUUCUAUUUUUAAACGCUUCUACCUUUCCUUUCCCUCCUUGUAAUGUACACAUCUUGCUACUAAACAAGAAGUCAUUGCAAACUCGUUGCAAAAACAUGUCUACAAGUAAAAUUCAAGCUCGACUAUUACACA